UGUUAUAAUGCCUCGCCCAAAUACCAAAUCUAGUAUCACAACUAACAAGGCCUGUAAUAAAAAUAGUACUUUUGCAGCUAAUCCUAAAGUUAUAAAUGAUAUAGACGAAAACAUGGAUACUCUGGAAGACUGGGAGUUAUUCGAAAUAACACACGACAACUUUCAAGAUUAUGCAUUAAAAGCUAUAGAAUGGCAUGAAAAAGCUGAUAAAAAAUUGAAAUCCACUUUUUAUACUGCCCAAUCUAAAUGGCAAAUGCAACGAAUAGAGGAGCAUUAUAACAAAUUAAAAAAUCAGCUUCGCAAUCUUCAAAAUGCAAAAAAAGAAUUAGCUAAAUCACAACCUUAUGAAGCAAAGGACCUUCUUGAACAAGGUAUCUUAUCUAGUCAUAAACAGGGAAAACAUGCAAAAAGGAUAUCGUUGCUUAAUGAUGAGAAUCUCAAACUGGCAGCUUGUACCUGGUUAUGUUCUAUACCACCAAAAGAUCAUUCUUCUUUAGUACUAAAAAAAGAAUUGGAAACAAAUAUCUUUCUUAAAUUACUUGGAAUCUAUUUCGACAGUCAUGAACAAGAAGACAUGCAAGAAUAUCGUAAAGAAUGGGCAAUAAGAAUGAUGAAUUACCAAAAAAAAUUGAAGCAAUAUGAUGAUGAUAAGAUGGAAAAUGUCAUACUUCCAGAAUGGCUUGAAAUUUGGAAUAUGUGCCAUAUUUUGGUUACCUAUGAUGAAAAAAAAGGCCAAGGGUCAUCAAUUAUGGUUAGUGACUUCUUGUAUGCAUGCCAUGGCCCUUUGCACCUUACCAAGGCUAAUGCUACACGACUUGGGUUGGAUCAAGAGGCUCAGGUUAUUAUAAAACUGGGACAACAAGCUGAUGGUUAUUGA